AUGUCCGCAUUUAACCAUAUACUUGCUCAACUUACCCAAAAUCCCAUCUUGGGAAGAACUAUUCGACGUCUUGAUUUCUCCGAGCUGAAAACUGCACGUCCAAUGAGAGAAUUUUCUAAUUCUCUUUACGGAAUGGUUUCACUCGCUCCACAUCUUCGAGAAUUCCGACUUCCGAAAGAUACCAACCUAAAUAGUUUCUUGAGCGAGUCCUUACUUCGACUUCUUUUUGUUGGGUUACCACAUUUGAAGACGUUAGAUCUGGGCAAUUGCACAUCAUCAACACUAGAUUGCAUACCUAGCAUACUCGAUCGUCUACCAAAGGCUGCUUCACUUCCGAUCAAAUCAUUAUCCUUGGAAAAUUGCACAGCUCUACCCGCUUCAUCCUUCGACUCACUAUUUUCACGACUCGGCUCCAUACAAUCGAUGACGUUAUCACACACUCAUAUCACGACAGAGUCUUUACAACUUCUGCCUCCUACUGCUAGAAUUUCACAUUUAGCAAUCAAUCAUUGUGCAUUAAUUGAAGACGUCUCUCUCGUCGACUUUAUAACAUCUCAUCCGUCUGUGAAGCAUACAUUGGUAUACCUUGAUGCCUCAGUUGACCUUACGGUUAGUGAAGAGAUCAAGGAAAGGGAAACAGAGUUGCUUUUGAGAUAUGCACCGAGGACAAUCAAGACUCUCAAACUAAGAGGAUGGAAGAUGGGCUCGGCCUGCGCCGCUCAGUUAAAGAGUUUGAAUCAAACAAUAGAAGAGCUAAGCAUAGGCACUGGUCUCCGCAUGCGCGACCUCGAAUCUAUUUUUCUAGAUGACGAAGACAAUGACUCCCGGAAUGAGGAAGAUGCAAUCGAUUCAUCAGAGAUUGACUCAAAGUAUACUACUGUUCUCGAACCUAUGGAACGUGCGAUUGCCAUUACCAAGUUACGACGAAGGAUCUCCAUUACUCCAUUACCUACUGUCACUGGUGCGAAACACAGCUUAAGAUAUCUUGACAUUAGGGGGAUGACAUUGGCAGAACAAAGUAAGAUCCGAUCUUCAAUCUUACUAGGCAGACAGUCAAUGGCAUUAGAUGUAAUUGCUGUGAACGAUAGGUUAAUGGAUAGAGAAGGAACACUGAAAGAAAUAUGCGCAAGCGUGGGAUGGAAUUUAAAGCGAGAUGGUAGAAGGUGUCUCUUGGUUAGACGAAAAGUUUGA